GCGCGAUGGCGGCGCUGGGCGGGGACGGCUUGCGCCUACUGUCGGUAUCGCGGCCGGAGCGGCAGUCGGAGUCAGCAGCACUGGGCGGCCCGGGCCCCGGGCUGUGCUGCUGGGUGUCCGUGUUCUCCUGCCUCAGCCUUGCCUGCUCGUACGUGGGCAGUCUCUACGUGUGGAAGAGCGAGCUGCCCAGGGACCACCCGGCUGUCAUCAAGAGGCGCUUCACCAGUGUCCUGGUGGUCUCCAGUCUCUCGCCUCUCUGCGUGCUACUGUGGAGAGAACUCACCGGCAUCCUGCCAGGCACAUCCCUGCUCACCCUGAUGGGCUUCAGACUGGAGGGCAUUUUCCCCGCAGCUCUACUGCCUUUGCUGCUGACCAUGAUCCUUUUCCUGGGCCCCCUGAUGCAGCUCUCUAUGGAUUGUCCAUGUGACCUGGCAGAUGGGCUGAGGGUUGUCUUAGCUCCUCGCUCUUGGGCCCGCUGCCUCACGGACAUGCGUUGGCUGCGGAACCAAAUUAUUGCACCCUUGACGGAAGAACUGGUGUUCCGGGCUUGUAUGCUGCCCAUGUUAGCACCGUGCACAGGUCUAGGUCCUGCAGUGUUCACCUGCCCACUCUUUUUCGGAGUUGCUCAUUUUCACCACAUUAUUGAGCAGCUGCGUUUCCGCCAGAGCAGCAUUGGCAGCAUCUUCCUGUCUGCAGGUGUGGUCACUCGCAGCCUCCCCGUCUCCAGCGUUCCAGUUCUCCUACACAGCUGUCUUCGGUGCCUACACUGCUUUCCUCUUCAUUCGCACAGGACACCUGAUUGGGCCCGUUCUCUGCCACUCCUUCUGCAAUUACAUGGGCUUCCCUGCUGUCUGUGCAGCCCUGGAGCAUCCACAGAGGUGGCCACUGCUGGCAGGCUAUGUCCUGGGUGUGGGACUCUUUCUGAUUCUGCUCCAGCCCCUCACGGAUCCCAAGCUGUACGGCAGCCUUCCCCUGUGUGUGCUUUUGGAACGGGCAGGAGACUCAGAAGCCCUCCUGUGCUCCUGACCUUCACUCCUGUGUACACUCCAGUGAACUCUCAUGGGCCUCCGUCCCCUCCCUAUCAAGGGGUACUGCAAGGGAGGGGCUGGCUGGGGGUCCCCGAGAUCUCAGGAAUUUUUGUAGGGGAUCGAAGCCAGAGCUAGUUGAAUCCCAGGGACCACAAGAAAAGAACAGGCUAUCUAAAGGGUGCAGCCAGAAGUGAGGGGCAGGAGGCAAGCCCUGGGAGCUGUGUGCGCCCUCACUUUGGACUGCUGCUUCCUUUUAGCUCCUCUGCCCCCCUCUGCCUCUGAAAAGCUGCUCGGGGUGGGUUUAUUUAUAAUACCCCUCCCCCUAAACUUCCCAGGGUUUUCUCAUUGUCUUUUUGCAUUAGGACUUUGUAUUGGGAUAUUAAAGAGAUUUAACUUGGGUAA